AUGGGUGGACCAGCAGAUAUCGAUGGAAAAACACAUCCAGAAACAGAUAAUUUUCUUCCAUGUAAAUUUGUUAUUGAUGGUAUAACAUAUUCAUCAUCAGAAAAUUAUUUUCAAUGUGCAAAAACAACAAAUGAAGCUGAUAGAAAUAUGGUUUUAAAAUCGGGUUCAGGUUCCUCAGCUUGGGCGGCUGGACAAAGAGUUGAUAUUCGAUCCGAUUGGGAAUCAAUUAAAGUUGAUGAAAUGUAUAAAGGAAAUUUAGCAAAAUUUCAACAAAAUGAAGAUUUAAGAAAUGCUCUUUUAAGUUCUGGUAAAAGUACAAUACGUUUUACAGGUUCAACACCAUUUUGGAAUCGUUGGAAUGGUCUUAUUUUAGAAAGAAUUCGAGCAGAACUGCGUCAAAAUGGUGAAGAAGAUGCUCGCCAUACAUCCGAAAUACGUGAAAUGAUGAAAAAUUUUUCUGAACAACACAAACAAUAA